AUGGUCGCAGGCAUCCAGCACGUCGUGCGCGUCUUGGUCGCCUCGUCGCCCCUGCAGAACGCAGACCCCGAUGUAAUCGAGCUUCCCCUCCACGAGAAGAAUUUGUUGUUCCGCAUGCUGGUCGAGGACUUGUGGGUGAAGGCGCGUGCGGAGCGCGGGCGCACUCCGCUUUUCAGCAACCCCCCGAAGUAUUCGACGUUCAUCCGCGUCGUGCAGUUCCCAGAAUUCUCCAAGCUUCGUUUUCACAGGAUGGUGUCACUGGGUCGUUGCACCAAGUGUGCUUUCUAUCGAUGGAAGUGCAUGUCCGUUACUUCUGAUAUAGAGCGCAGAGCUUGGCAGAAAGUCGCCGCGGCCUACCACCUUUUACAACUGGAGCAGAAACGAGUUUAUUGGGCAGACCGGGCUGUCGCGGCCAGCGAUUAUCCCAAGUCAGAACUAUACCUCGUUUUCGACGGAGGGUCCGGAUUUGAGUUCUGGUUGCCGCAUCUGUCCGGCGCGGCUGCCGAGGUCCCAGUCAAGGCGGCAGACAACGUGCAUUGCCCGCAGUUCAAGGUGAUGAACGGCUUGGUGCACGGGGACACCAGAUCCCACAUCAUCUUGAGCCCUUGGUGCGUGGUUGCUGGGUCCAAUCACGUUUGCGAGAGCAUCGCCAUCGCCGUGAAUACCGCAUGCGAGGAGCACAAAAAAUUGCCUCGCAAGUUGUCCGUGCAGUUGGACAACGCGUCUGUGAAUCACAGCAUGUGCGUGUUGGGCUUCUUGGCAGUUUACGCUUUGGUCGACGUGUUCGACACUGUGCGGUUGCGGUUCGAGUUGCCUGACCACGCGCACGAUGUGUACGACGCUAUCCAUGCCAUCCACAGGACAGCGGUGACCAAGGAAACGUUCUUUCAUUUAGAAGAGCUGAUCGACAUCAUGAAGGCGUCGCACAAAGCUAGCUUGUUAUACGGCGAGUCCUCGCAGUCCUCUGCCUCGCCAGGAUGGCACGGCCAGGGCGGGCGCAGACUUGUUAUGGGCCCAGAUGUGAUGGUCACGAACCUCUGGGAGGUUCGUGACAUAUGGGGGUGGCUGUUCCCAGGCCACUCGGCCAAAGCCGCCGAAUCGACCGCGCGAGGGGUGGUGGUGUACUACGAGAACAUUGGGGGCAUCCACGAUUUUGAACUGCGGAGGGUUCAGAAAUCUGGCAACAUCAUCGUCGAACUCUGGGCGAAGCAGUGCAUGAGUUCUCCCGCUCACAACUUCGUCGGGGACAUCACCAAUUGGUCGCUGUAUAAGGCCGUGGUGAAGGGCCUGCCACAGCCAGCGGGCGAGUCAACCACGGAAGCCAAGAUGAAAGCUGGCGACGGGCAGUUGAAGAAAUUGCAACGGUUGGCGAGGUCAGGCAACGAACAGUUUUCGGAGGCGCGGCUCAAGGACGCCAUCGCCGUUGCGACGAAGGACUGGGCGCACUUCGAUUCGUCUUCGGGUUGCGCGUCCCAGGCGAGCCCUCGCCGGUGGAUGCCGCCCCAACUGGCUCUGCACAUGCGUCGGAAGGGCCUCCGCGGUCGCAGCCUUGCGACUGCGAGCAACGUCGUAUCUCCUGAAGCUUCGGCGGCGUUACAGGCUUCUGGCGACGCUCCUGUCCCCCGUCAGCGCUGGCGCGCUCUGCAACAGACGCGUGGCAACACCCGCAGUGAGAAUGCUCCCGUGGCGGCGCUGCCUCGUAGCAGUCCGCCGGGCACCGUAGACGAAUUUAUUCGGAGGCCCGUUAUCGCAGGAGUGCACGUGUUGACUGAUCCGGCGCCGAGCAGCCCGCUGGGGCGCACCAGCCAGCGCCUUGCAGGGGUGCCAGUGUGGGGUUGGCGGGUGCUGCGCGUCAUCGAGGCAGGCGGCAAGCUGCCGCCUAAUUCGAGGCGCGCGGCCGAGGCUUCUGGCCGCACAUUCGAGGCCCAGCUUUUGGUACCUCGCGGGCCGCUGUG